CACAGAGGAGGAAGAAGAAGAAAAAGACAAGGAGAGGAGGAGGGGGAGGUGAAGGAGGAGAAGGGUAUGGCAGGCGAAGAUGAGGAGGAUGAGGAGGAGAGGAGGGGGAGGAGAAAGAGGAGAACGAUCUGGCGGGCAAAGUUGAGGGCCCGGGGAGGAGGAGAAAAAAGAAGAAGAACCGAAGGAGGAGAGGAGGAGGGGGAGGAGAAGGAGGAGAAAGAUAUGGCCGCCGAGGAUGAGGUGGAGGAGGAGGAGAAGAAGGAGAGGAGGAGGACGAAAAAAGAAGGAGAAGAUAUUACGGCCAUCACAGAGGAUGAGGACGAGAAGAUAUGGGAGGAAGAGGAGGACGAGGAGGAAGUAAAGAAGGAGGACGACGACGGGGAGGAGGAGGAGGAGGAAGUACAGGAGGAGGACGACGAAGGGAAGGAGGAGGAAGAGGAGGAGGAGGAAAUACCAGCGGAGGAUGACGAUGGGGAGGAGGAGGAGAAGGAGGAGCAGGAGGAGGAGGAGGAGGAGGACGACGACGACGACGAGGAGGAGGAGGAGGAGGAGUGGAGGAGCAGGAGGAGGAGUGGAGAAGCAGGAGGAGGAGGAGGAGGGGGAUGGACACAUACCACGACGAUGGCGUGCUCCCUGCUAGGCAGCACUGACAUCGACGAUGGUGUGAGCUGCCCGGGCUUCUUCCCUGUCCACGUCAACAACCAAUAGAUGACAACAAGUAUAGUAAUCCUGAUAACACACAAUAGUGUCACGUGGCACUUUAUCUCGUGAAGACCAUGAAGACACAACAAAUUCCAAUGACGUCG